CCCUCUUCUUCUAUUUAAGUAGAUCAGUUCUUUGUUCAUUCCAAGCACAUUCUCAUCGGUUUCAGCAUCUCUAGCUCAUCCUUAGCUUCUUCAAACUUCAAUUUUUAAAUCAUGUUGAGUCCCAAGAGACUUGUUGAGAAGGCAAAGAAAGGGAUCCCCUUGAUGAGAUCUAAUAGCCGGCCGAGUUCAUAUGAGGGUAACGCAGGGGUUGCUGAAAAGGGUCAUUUUGUGGUGUACAGUAUGGAUGAUACAAGAUUCGUGGUGCCAUUGGCAUUCCUCACCAGCUGUAUUUUCCAAGAGCUCCUCAAGGUUUCAGCUGAGGAGUUUGGAUUACCCGGUAAGAGGCCAAUUACCUUGGCCUGCAGUGGAGUUUUCAUGGAGUACGUGGUCUCCUUGCUCAAGAGAAGCGUGUCUAGAGAUGUGGAGAGGGCGCUGCUUGCCUCCAUCAAUGCGAACCGGUGUUUGGAUUCCACUUUGGUUGGCCUUGGUCGUGACCAACAACGAGCAGUAGCAUGAUGACGAUGACUGUGGAAGUGUACAGAGAUUUAACCAUAGAGCGGUAAAGUUGUGUUUUUCAUACCUCUUGUUCCUCGAGGUAUUCCCCAUUUGUAAUCCAUCAUAAUUCACUUUUCAAUUUUUCCAAACGAUCGAUGUGUAAUUAGUUGCUUGAUCGUUCUGCACGUAGUCCAUUUUUCCAAAAGAGUGCCACCUGGUUAC